GUGGCCAACCAGAUGGGAGGCGGUGCCUUGUAGGGCCUUGACACUGAGCGAUCAGGCUGUGCUGUGGGCAGCCCGUGAGAAGGCUGGGAAGAUGGCGGCCUCCUGGAGGCUAGGCUGUGAACCGCGGCUGCUACGCUACCUCCUCGGCUUCUCUGGCCGCCGAAGCGUAGGGCUGGUUAGGGGGGCUGCUGGGUGGUCUUUCGGCCGCGCAGCUAGUUGGAGAUGGUUUCACAGCACGCAGUGGCUUCAGGAACUGCUCGGUUUUACCCCGCUGCCGUGCAUCGCCAUCCUGGGCUCCACUGAAGCGACGGCACCGCCGGGGUGUCCUGGAGGUCCCGGGCCAUUUCCUUAUGGGGAAGACCACGACGCAAUAGACCUGAAAACAUGGCGGAAGCGGGGGUGGCAGGUUGCGGCACCGACCUGCGCGUGCGCGGAGAUGCGGCACUGCGCCAGUAGGAGGGAGAUGCGUAGUUCUUUCUGCAUCGCACAGGAAGGACGUGUUGAGGUUGGCGUCCCCAUCGAGGACAGUAAAGGCCAUGGCUUCCAGCGCUUUGACGAAGCUUGCGUGGCUGCCUGGCCAGGCGUCUGCGGAGCGUUCGGUGUAUCCCUAGGUGUUGUAGCUUUUUAUAAGUUUGCUGUGGCUGAACCAAGAAAGAAGCCAUAUGCAGAUUUCUACAGAAAUUGUGAUUCUAUGAAAGAUUUUGAAGAGAUGAGGAAGGCUGAAUUUAAAAAGAGAAAGGGAAGCCUCUGUAUACUGCAGUCCUCAGCUCUGGCUCUGCCCAUCUGGACAAAGGAACAGGAUGAUGAUGCUGGCGUCGGUGCUGGGGAGCGGCCCCCGGGCGGGCCUCUGCUCUGGCCCCUCCUGGGGCCCGCACUCUCGCUCCGGGCCCGCUCCACCUCCGCCACUGACAUGGACCACAAGAAGAUGGUGCAGGAACACUCCAGGGCUGCCACCUCUUCCUGCAACCAGUCAGCCAUCAACGUGGCAACUGAGAAGCCGCCUUCUUGUUUUGUAGGUGAAGCUGUGAGUGCUGGUGAUGCGUUGUGUGAAAUCGAGACUGACAAAGCUGUGGUUACCUUAGAUGCAAGUGAUGAUGGCAUCUUGGCCAAAAUAGUGGUUGAAGAAGGAACUAAAAAUAUACGACUAGGUUCACUAAUUGGCUUGAUGGUUGAAGAAGGAGAAGAUUGGAAACAUGUUGAAAUUCCCAAAGAUGUAGGUCCUCCAGCACCAGCUUCAAAACCAUCAGUGCCUCGCCCCUCACCAGAACCACAGAUUUCUAUACCUGUCAAGAGGGAACACACACUCGGGACACUGCAGUGGGACGCUCUCAAACUGGUCCAGCUGAAACAGAUGGGCGAGAUCACUGAGUCCAGACCCACUCCAGCCCCUGUAGCCACGCCCACAGCACCUUCACCUCCACCAGCCGCAGCAGGGCCAUCUUAUCCCCGGCCGAUGUUCCCAGUAUCAACUCCUGGACAACCUAAUGCAGUNNNNACAUUCACUGAAAUCCCUGCUAGCAAUAUUCGAAGAGUUAUUGCCAAGAGGUUAACUGAAUCUAAAAGUACUGUACCUCAUGCAUAUGCUACUGCCGACUGUGACGUUGGAGCUGUUUUAAAAGCUAGGCAAGAUCUUGUCAAAGAUGACAUUAAAGUAUCAGUAAACGAUUUCAUCAUCAAGGCAGCAGCUGUUACCCUUAGACAAAUGCCAGAUGUUAAUGUAAGCUGGGAUGGAGAAGGCCCAAAGCAACUGCCCUUUAUUGACAUUUCAGUAGCUGUGGCAACAGAUAAAGGUUUAAUUACACCAAUCAUAAAAGACGCUGCUGCUAAGGGUAUACGGGAAAUUGCUGACUCUGUAAAGGUACUGUCAAAGAAAGCAAGAGAUGGAAAAUUGUUACCUGAAGAAUACCAAGGAGGAUCUUUUAGUAUUUCCAACUUGGGGAUGUUUGGCAUCGAUGAAUUUACUGCAGUGAUCAACCCGCCUCAGGCCUGUAUCCUGGCUGUUGGGAGAUUUCGACCUGUGCUGAAGCUCACUGAGGAUGAAGAGGGGAAUGCCAAACUGCAGCAGCGCCAGCUUAUAACAGUCACAAUGUCAAGUGACAGUCGAGUGGUCGAUGACGAACUGGCAACCAGGUUUCUUGAAAGUUUUAAAGCAAACCUAGAGAAUCCUAUCCGACUUGCCUAGUCCUCAAAGAUGAGAAGUUGGUCUUUGGCUUAGUUAAUUCAGUAGCUGUUACCAAGAAACAUAACAUUAUAGAAAAACAACCAGGUAUUUAAGUUUGAAGUGGAUGAAAUGUUUAUUUAUUUAAGGUGAAAACAUUUGACCCAAGUUGUCAUCAUUUUCAACCUGAGUUUAAUGUUGUAGAAAUAAAUGAUGAUAAACUAAUGGAAGAAAGAGAACAUUUGGUUAGUCAGAUCCAUUUUUAACCUCUGGUGCUGUACAAAAGGGGUAUUAAAAACUAGAUGUAAAUCAAAUUAUAUAUUUGGCUCAUUUGAGCAUUUUAGAAUAUUUAAGAAUGUAUGAUACAUUGUAAAAUCAAAAAAUUGUUAGAACUCUAUCUUAAUUGAGUUGAAGUAUGUGGUCUUCAGAGAGAUGCCCACUAAUUUAGCAGUGAGACCUCACUUUUAUAAGCACUGCUCUAGAUAUACUUGAACAAUUUAAUAUGUACAGUUCUGGAUAAUAGUAAAUAAGGAUCACAUCGUAUUAGGGGUUGUGGCAACAUUAUUGAAUUUUUUAUGUAUAUAAAGCUGUAUGUUUUAGAGUGGUUUCUAUCAGUCUUAUAUUUCACUUCUAUAACACUGUGAACUUGUAAAGAAUGGAAGAAUAGAAUAACAGAAGCAAGAAUGGAGAGAGAUGUUUCUAAAAAGUUGUAUAGUUUAAUGAAAAACUAUAGCUAAAAUAUGUAAACCUUUUGAAAUAAACUGCUUACUUUCAUCCUGAGUUGGAAUAUAUUUAAAUAAACUGUGUUAUCCUCUACCAAACAUUUUAAGUUAGUGUUAAUGUAAACACAAAAUGUUAUUUCUUAAUGCAUUUUAAUCAAUUUUGUAUUGUGCAAUAAAAUGUGAGAUAAUACAAAAAUUUCUUUUGGUUUUAAAUGUUACGACACAGAAGUUUAGUUAAAACUUUGAAGU